AUGUCCACAAACACAUUACUCCGGCGAAACCUCUCCCUAGCUCUGCCUCCAACUUCUCCUCUCCCCCCACCACCUCCACCGCCGCCACGAGCCCCUCUGCUCUCGAGCUACGACGUCUUCCUCAGCUUCAGAGGGGAAGACGUCAGAGGGAAGUUCGUCGACCACCUCUACGCCAGGCUCCAGGGCCUGAAGGUCAACGCCUUCAUGGACGAGAAGAAGCUCGCGAGAGGGGAGGUCAUCGAGAAGUCGAUACUGACUGCAAUCGAGAGGUCGAGAUUCUCCGUGGUCGUUUUUUCCCUCAGGUACGCCGACUCGGAGUGGUGUCUAGAUGAGCUGGUGAAGAUAGUGAGGUGCGCGCAGAACAAGGGACACGUGGCGAUGCCCGUGUUCUUCCACGUGUCACCGGACGACGUGGCGGGCCAGGCCGGGGUUUAUGAGGAGGCAUUUGUGAAACAUGAGAAGGGGUUUAAGAGGAAGCGGGUUGAGAAUUGGAGGAAGGCUUUGAUUACCGUGGCUGGGAUUUCUGGAUGGUGUUUGGGCGAAAAUGAAUCAGAGGCAACAUUAGUGGAAGAGAUAAGCAAGACAAUUCAACUCAAGCUGAAGCAGAUGGUCGAGAAAUCCCAGACCAGGAUUGCUUCGAUUGCUAGCGUCGUCAACAGAAUGAAGUCAUCAUGGGCCAGAUCGCCCACAGUGAAGGAAGUAAACCUGUUCUCCCACCAAAUUCUGGAGGACAUUGAUGUUAUAAGAGUGUGCGGAUUGGGCGGUUUAGAAAGCACCAAGUCGGCAAAACUCGUCUACGAUAAUGUACUUGCCCACAGGGAAUCACAGCCCUCUGGGCGAAACGACAAGACAUUUCGACUCAAACCAACCCGGUCGGACCAGCAGGACCACCCGGAGCUGAAAUGGACCCGGAAAGUAUGGGACAACGACGGAGGAGACAUCAUCACCGCCGUGCGAACGAAUCACACCGCCAUCGGCGGGUACAAAAAGGUCCUGGCACUCGUCGACGACGUCGAGAAGCUAGAGUCGCUCCUCCGUUUCGCUGCGGUGAUGGGUUGGUUGGGUUCGGGCAGCCGGAUCGUCCUCUCGACCGUGGAUGUUUCCAAGAAGAUUCUCAAAGUGAUCCACAUCUACAUGGAGGGUCCCACAGGAGGAGAAAAUGGUAAUUGGGCUAAUAAUAAUAAUAAUAAUAAGUAUUUGGACGUUGCUUGCUUUAUGAAGGAGAUGGUCAACGGCGGGGAUCUUAUGAAGAGGGUGGAUAAAUGUCUAGCCAACGGCGGUUUGCCGGCGGAGAUCGACGUCAAGGUUCGUGUCGAGAGGUUCGACAACGUUGGGAUGGUGGAGAACGGGAAGCUGGAGGUAGCGGCGACGGCGACGGCGUCAGAUGAUGAAGAAGACGGUGAAGAUGGAACAUUGCUGGAUGGGGAGAUGUGGAAGAAGAAGAGUAGUACUUCAAAGGGUAAACAACCGAAAGUAAUGCAGGUUUCGAUCCUUGUGUUUGCUGUUGUUUUCAUUGUAUCGAGAGUAGGCCCAAGAAGCCCAGUAGUCGCUUGA